GCGGACAUCGCUGAGGAGGAUGACGAUGACGAUGGGUGGAGAGGAUGUUGUGGCGCGAGUGACGGUGCUGAGUGCAGAGCUGUGCCGUUCGAGCCAGCAAGGGUGGAAGGCAAGCGGCGAGCUCUUGGAUGAGAUCUCAACCACGCUUGUGGACAUUCACAACCGUCAAAGCGUCUUUGAAUGGCAUCGCUCAUCCUACACCGUGGCAGCUGCGCUGCUGGACCACGUCUUGCCGCAAUGGACAGAUCGUGACCGCCUAAGCGCGCGCGACUUUCUCGAUGAGUUUUGCACAAAGACCCUGGCGCCAUCGGCCAUGCUGAUGUGCGCCCGACACCGUCUCACUUCAACCACACACUCUGCUGCACUGGCGACCAUCUAUCGGGCAUGGAAAACAUGCUGCACGAUAUCCUUCAAUGGUGUCUGGCUGUCAGUGCAGGGAACUUGAGCCUUUUUGAGGAUGAUUUAGCCACAGCGCUUGUCACGUUCCCAGACGCCUUUCUCAACUGUUUUCAUGCCCAAGCACAGCAGCAAACCCCGCGCCAACAGCUCAGCCUGGAUACAGCCGUGUACAAACGUGUGCUCGCCACGGCAUCGCUUCAUGCUCUUUUGAUAGCGGCAAAGAGCGAUGGUAAACAUGCACAUGUGCAACCGCUGGCAGCACUGUGUUCACGUGUUGUGCUGCAUCUUGGAUCAGCAGAGCCGGCCAGCGCACUCCUGAUUCACCUUCGAGCAAUGCACCACAACAUCGAGAACACCAACAAGGACAGCAGCAGUAGCAAUGGCAGCAGCCAUAGGGAGAGCAACACGGAAGCUGCUGUCUUGAGCCGAGCUGUUGCUGCGCUUGACUUUGACGCCGCCCAGCGGUUGAUACUGCACGUUUUGCGACGCGCAGAGGAGCGAGCGAGCGACCACGAUGUUGUUGCGUCUGCCUUUGCGUCGCUGCCCGCCGACCACCGCGACAGUGUCAUCGACGACAUCAUCGCCAGUCUUCGGCGCCAGAGCCAGCGCGGCGUGGCAGCUGCGCAGUGCACGGUGCUCGUGUGCCACCGCCUUGGUCGCCUGCGACAGCUCAUGCACGAACUGCUGGACGUCUGGGGCGAUUUGGACUUUCUCACGCGCGGGAACCCGGACGUGCACACAUAUCUCAGCCUGGCGCAGUUGACGUGUGUGAUUGGGAACAUUCGCACACGCGGAAUGGCUGUAGCGGAAAUUGUGACGUCGCUGCUGUUCAAUGCAACCACCGAAGCCGGCAGUGAUGGUGAUGCUGAUGCUGAUGGUGAUGAUGGCAUUGGUGGUCGGCUGCGGACGAAGAAAUUGGACUUUAAGCUCGACCCAACCGAUCCCGUCGUUGCGUUGGCUGUGCCUGCGCUUCGCCGCCUUCUGAUUGCCGACAACGAAUUCCAGCUGCCAGACUUUGAGCAGAACCGCACACAAGCGUUGAUUGGUGUCGUCUACCACUGCCCGCACGCCUCUGCGGCCUUCCUCAUUGAGCAGUUCUACACGACUGAAUUGAGUCUUGGCCACCGCCGCCUCAUCCUCAACACUCUCGUCCUUGGCGCCGUUCGCCUCUCGGGAAGAAACCCAACUGCGCAAGACACAACGGCCUCGCUUGGUGUACACGACGCGAGUACCGCAACAGCGCCCAAGGCCGACGAGAAGGACGAGCGGGAAAUGACUGCAGAUGAGAUUGUGCAGCAGCGAUUGGAGAAGAAGACGCGGCGUUUCCACCCAUCGUUCUUCGACAAGACCCGUCGCCAGCCAUCAUCACAGCACAACCGCUUCCACGAUGUUGCUGGGGAGUUCUUCUUCCCGCUCAUCGCCAAAUACGACCAGCCCAUCCGCACAAUGCGCAUGCUGGAACAAGACAUGUUCAUGCUCAGCCUGCUGCUUCGGGCGCUGGGGACGUGCAUGUACUGUGCGGCGUUUGCUCCCAUUUUCCCGCGCAUGGCCAUGACAUUUUGCGAGUUUGCGUUGUCACUGCUGUACAUUACAGAUGCUGACAUGCACCAGGCGCUGCUGAGUGCGCUCCUGAUGAUGGUCGAGUGUGCACCGGCACAUCUUUUGCUGACAGACUUGCGCCCAUUCCUCACGGAACUGCGCUGCUGGAUUGAGGAGGUGAUGGAGAGCAGCCCUGCGCCAGAGUGCCGCCGUCUCGCCGCCUCCAUCCUCGUCAUCUUGCAUGAACGCACCACACAACAACGACAAGAGCGCACGCCGAUGUAG